AUGACGGAGUAUAAGCAGGAGCAAGAGAUGGAGAUUGAAGCUCUUGAAUCUAUACUUGCUGAUGAAUUUAAAGAGAUUCAUUCUAGUGAAAGUGGGCUUAAUACUUCGGACCGAUGCUUUCAGAUAACAGUGACUCCUCAGGAUGAUGAUGAAGAGGAGUCAUCAAUCCCACCAGUUCAGCUAGGUUUGGUUUUCUCUCACACGGAAAAUUAUCCGGACGAGGUUCCGCUUUUGGAUGUCAAAAGUAUUCGAGGAAUCCAUCUUAGUGACCUCGCCAUCUUAAAAGAAAAGCUUGAACAAGAGGCAACUGAAAACCUUGGUAUGGCCAUGAUCUAUACACUAGUGUCAUCUGCAAAGGACUGGUUGUCUGAACACUAUGGGCAAGAUGAUGCAGCUGACCUUGCAGAGGAAGAAGCUGCCAAAGAGGAUGAGGUUAUUGUCCCUCAUGGAGAGCCUGUUACGCUGGAGACAUUUGUGGCAUGGAGAGAGAGAUACGAGGCAGAGCUUGCACUUGAACGGGCGAAACUGAUGCCGGAGUCUGCUCUUACUGCACCUAAGGAGAAGAAGCUUACAGGAAGACAGUGGUUUGAGAGUGGCAGAGCGAGAGGAACAGUGGUCGCUGCUGAUCAAGAAUCUGAGGAGGAAGAUGCUGAAGACAUUGACUUUGAAGACGAAGAUUUUGAAGAUGAUGAAGAAGACAUGCUUGAGCACUAUUUGGCGGAGAAAUCUGAUGCUCCCUCGUCACGGACAUGA